GUCGGAACCUACAGGCGAGGCAAAUUGGACGACGUACUCAUACUGACCUUGACUCUACUAUUGCAACCCCAUCGCCCAUAAGUCAUCAUGACAGCUCUCAGAUUCGUUCGAUCGGUAUGUGAGAACGUUUCAAUGCAGAUUUCAGCUAAUUUAUGAUCAGGUUUUGAAAUCCUUUCAAGCAGAAUCGGGUUUGGAACCCAGGUGAGGACAUCACAUUUCUCUACUUUUCACUCUUCACUCUGGAGUCAAGUCUGUCAUUUUUCCUCAGAUUGAAAUCUGGAAAUUGGUUUGAUUUCAACCUGAUCAUCUUGGAAAUUAUUGUCAAGAAUGAUGCACCCUCCUAUGUCUCUCAAUAACCUUAACACUGGUCAAACCCGCCAUUUCCGAACCUCAAAUGUCUCCACGGAAAUUACUGAUUUUUUGUUUUCUUAGACUCUUUGGUGAUAACGUGAGAGCUUUUGAUAAUUAUUAGCUCUUCAAUUGAUAUUGGUACAAAGUUGUCUGCAGUAUCUAACGUCCGGUCUAGCUUCGAGUAACAGCUGCUGAACCGGGACGUGUGGAAUUCGAGUUGGAUGUGAAAAAAGAACACACCAAUCGUCUCAACAUUAUGCACGGCGGUACGAUUGCCAGUAUGGGUAAGCAGUUGACCAGAAGCAUGCCUACUGUAGACAAAUUACUGAUAGAAUCUUAGUUGACUUGGGCGGCUCACUUGCGGUAGCAUCGAGGGGGUACAGCCGUUCCUCGCUUCGGCCUUCAUUUCCGAAAGCUGACUUCAAACAGCUUGUAUGCGACAGGUGUAUCAACCGACCUUAACGGUAGUGCUCAAAACAAUAACCGAGGGGACCACAGGCUUACAUUAUUGGCAGUCAGUUACCUCAGCUCUGGAGGACAAAUCGGAGAUGUCUUGAAGGCAGUUGUUACAUGCGAUAAAUUUGGAAAAACGCUUGCGUUUACUUCGAUAUAUUUCACCAACAGCAAGGGGGAAAUAGCUGCCAGAGGGAGUCACACAAAGUCCGUUUCACCUUUUCUUGACCGCUCCAUGCUUCAUGUCGGUUGAAAUACUAACUGCGUGCAUAGAUAUGUUUCACUAGCCUGGAAAGACCCAGACAAUAUUGUUGACCAGUUAUCGCCACGAAAGCCAGCAGAUGCAAAGCCAAAGCCAUGA